AUGUCUCUGGCACUCUUCACAAUUUGUCUUAUAUCCGGGAUGUACGGAAGUGCGGCUGGCGGAGGGCAAUGUAAAAUUUCAGAGAGAUCAUUUCCUGGUAAAGCUGUCAAGGGUCACACCUUCAAAGAGUUUGCAGUGAGGGCCAUUGUUGAGUGCCAGAACAACUGUGAAAGAGAGCCCAGGUGUGCGAGUUACAAUUUUUACAUUCCGGGCAAAGUGUGCGAGCUUAACAGCCAGACCAAAGAAGAAAGACCUGAAGACUUUGUGACAGAUGAGCUAAGGUUCUAUAUGAGACGAGAAGGUACGAUAAUCUGUCUGUUCUCUUCCGUUUAUUUCCUAGUCUUACUGAGGGAAAAUGAGAACGUGUGAGUGCCAAAAUACGAUAACAAAGUUCCAAGUUGCAAAUCGAAUAAGAUUGCCAUGUAUUGUAUGCGCAACAUUAGGAAGCUGUACAAAUAAAAUCCACACUUUGCAUGACCUUGACUUAGAAAUAACCCACAUAGUUCCUAUGCUAAAAUCUGUUUUGUACCAUUAGAUGAUGAUGAGUGCUUGAAGACGCCACCUGUUUGUGACGUCAACGCAAACUGCAAGAACACUCUUGGCUCCUAUCUUUGUUCAUGUAUAGAGGGCUUUACAGGUGACGGCAAAACAUGUCAAGGUAAAAUUUUGAAAAAAAUCGUCCUGCAAUUUUUCGCUUAUCUAGGCCAUUCUCAAAUUCGUAUUGGUAUUCGCCGUUUUUGUAUAUAGAGGAUAUCACAUGGCCGCGCGGGUAUAUGAAUUUUAUCUUCCAGUGCUUUCAGCACGAGAGAGAAGAUAAAAUUCGUAUCCCCAAGCGGCAAUGUAAUGUUCUGUUUAUUUUAUAGAUACUGAUGAGAUUCCUACAUAAAACACAACUUUUUUAAAAAUUCAUUUUCGAAACAGCAAAAUAGUGCAAUUACAGUGGUCACCUAUCGCAAAAUGCCUGUAACAAAAAUGUUAUGAAACUCGGAUAUUAAGUUAUAAAGGAGAAAUAAAGACAAUAAUACUUAUAUUUUCUGUUCUAAAAAGUCAAAAUUCUAAUGAAGAAGAAAAAUUAUGUUAGUAACUAUGGCGACACCAAUAUCCUCACACGUGAAAAAUAAAAAUAGCACUUCACUGCGCGCGAUGAAGAUAUGAUUUUUUAGUAACAGGAAAAAUCCUGGUAUUUCAUCAGUAUCUACAUAAUAAAAAUAUUUUAUUUGUUGUUAUGUUUACUACCUUUUUGUUUGAAGUAGAAUUGAAUUUAGUUAACAUCUUUAAACAUUUUAUUUCAGACGCAGACGAAUCCCAGAUGAGCACUCACAAUUGUAGCGACAAUGCCACCUGCAUCAACACCGAAGGUUCCUUUAACUGUACUUGCAAACCAGGGUACAGAGGAAAUGGCUACAACUGUUCACGUACGUGCUUGCAAAGUCUUUCCUACUUUUUCUUUAGUUUUAACGACUUUUUAUGGCAAACAAAUUACACUAAAAAUGUUCAGGCAUAAUAUAACUUCAGAGUUCGUUUUCGUCUUGAAAAUCUCUUAUAACAUUUUAUUUCAGACGUAGACGAAUGCCAGAUCAGCUCUCACAAUUGUAGCGACAAUGCCACCUGCAUUAACACCGAAGGUUCCUUUACCUGUAGUUGCAAACCAGGGUACAGAGGAAAUGGCUACAACUGUUCAGGUUGGUGUUCAGUUGCAAACUCUUUUCUGUCAUUUUUUUCUUUAGUUUCUAAGUACUUUUAAUUCCAAAAAAAUUACAAAGAUGUUCAGGUUAAUUUAUUCUCAGAGUUCGUACGCUUAUUGAAAACGCUCCUAACAUUUUAUUUCAGACGUAGACGAAUGCCAAAUCAGCUCUCACAAUUGUAGCGACAAUGCCACCUGCAUCAACACCGAAGGUUCCUUUAACUGUAGUUGCAAACCAGGGUACAGAGGAAAUGGUUAUAACUGUACAGGUUGGUGGUCAGUUGCAAAGUCUUUUCUGUUUUCUCGUAAGUUUUAAGGACCUGUUAUUGUAAACCAGGUAUAACGUCUUUUAAAAACCCUUGAAUUUCAGCAGUUUGAUUUCAAGGCCUUGAAAGUAGUUGAAAUCGGUUUAUGGUCCUUGAAAGUCCUUGAUUUUUACCGAAGAACAUCUUAUCUAAGUAAAUUUUAGGGGACUUUAUCUUAGGGUCUGGAUAACCAGGACCCUUACCCACUUUGAAAUCUGAACCCACCGUGAAUAAAGGUACGGUAAAACAGGCAACUAAAACGUGCAACCUGUUUUGUGACAUUGCUGUAAGACUGGGGGAGUCGAACAGCUUGUGAAUCAACGCCUCGAAAAAAUAGUCUGUAUAGUUUUCAAUAUCAUUAACAACGAAAAUGCACCAAAGAGCUUUAAAGAUUUGAUCAAACCCAGAAACAAUAAAUACAAUCUAAGGUGAAAUGACAUUCGGUUUUAAAGCGGCUAAUGGCCAACACUUCACCUGACUUGACUUCGGUCCCUCUUUAAUGCAUGUUUUUAAUAACGGUUUGAGUUAUAUCUACGCCUUAUUUUAGAUAUAGACGAGUGCACCACUGGAACCCAUAACUGUUCAUUAAAUGCCUUGUGCAGUAACACCGUAAGCUCAUUCAAUUGCACUUGUUGUGGCGGCUUUGUUGGAGAUGGAGUGAUUUGCACAGGUAGUAAGGAGAAUAUUUAUUUUUAA